CGGAACGCCGUCAACAAAUAUGGCAGAACCAUGGAAGAGUGAAAAGGUGGAGUGGGCAGAAGUGAGCAACCAGCUACGAAAGUGUGGACUUCAAGAUGUCAGAAUUUUAGCUGCUUCAAAUUUGCCUUUUGAAUCAGGUGUCUGACCUAGCAGAAAUAUCUUCUUUAAUACCUUUUGGGGUUAAUAAUAAUAAUGGGUACUUAUAACAUGCAGCAAUACAACCAAGAUAGAUAGCACUCUCUGCAUAGACCAGCCAUGAUAAGUGAAAGAACAGACAGUGGCUGGUGAGUUUCGUAUAGGACACCAAACAGCAUAAAGAUGAAGUACAAGAGUAGAAUGUAAAGCAAUGGGUGAAGGGAUGUAGGUAUUGUAAACAGUGUAAAGAUGGAGUCGUUACAUGAUGGUUAACAAGACAAUGUUACAAGGGAGUUAAGUGAUUAGUGUUUUACGCCAAGUCAGCAACUAAGGCUAUAUCACAGCAAGACAGCCAGCCCUAUAAACAGAUGUCACAUGCAGACAAAGAACAGUGUGCCCGAGACAACUGCUGAACCCAGGACAUCCAACCUUCACUGUAUUGGUGAUAGGGGCAAACCGCUGCGCCACUCUGCUGCCCUACAAGGGAGUUAAGAAUAAUAAUUCAGGGAUAGUACUGUGAGAACAAGUUACUAUGUAUGCCUGGACUUGGACAACAGUCAGAUACUGCGUCACAACAUCUUAAGUCUGGUCAGGGAAUGUCAACAUCAACAAAGUUUAAUACAGGACUUGAUGGAUACCAACCAUCACCUCAGGGAGGAUGCUGCAGACCUCAAACAGAAAGCUGAGAAGUUCUACACUCGGCUUAAGGACACAAAGGUUAUGCUGGAAUGCUCCAGAGUCAGAGUGCAGGAACUUGAAAAGGAGAAAAAUGGUGAACAUUCACAUCAUGCAGAGGAGGGGAAGAAGGAAAGAAAUCUGCAUAAUAAUACUUUAAAGCACUGUCAACAGCUAGAGGCAGAGUUAUCUCAGAGAGAAGUGGAGUUGGAUACACUGCACAAAAAAAUUCAUCUUCUUCAGAAACAGGAGGAAAAACGAAUUUCCCGCCAAAAUAAAGUUUUCCAGGACUUUAUGAAACAUACAGCUAGAGCUCACUCAGUUAUGGAUGGCAAGCUGCUGGAUGUCAUUGAUGUGUAUGAAAAGCAGCUCAGUGAUCUGAAGCAGCAGCUUGAUUUAACCAGGCUUCGAGAGCAGGUAAUAAAUGAGGCAGAUAAGCCGCUGUCCACAAGCUCAUCCAGCGAGGCCAGAUGCAGUACACAGCAGAUUAUUGGGGCUGCCUGCAAAGAACUGGGUGUGAAUGAUGCAGAGAAACUUGUACCUGCAAUACAACAGCUACUAAGGCACAUGGCCAGGAACUACACAGUGGAACAGGAUGUGCCAUUGGUGAUGCAGCAGAAUAGGAAUAUCCAGAUAACUGCCUCACAUUUGGAUGCAGCAUCAUGUGCCAGCACAUUUCAAGGGAAACAGCAGACACAACCAAACAACAUACUGACUGAGAACAUGUUUGACACUGUUCACAUGAAUAACUGGAGACAAGACAUGAAAAACCUCCAGAAAUUGCGAGUUGCACUGAAUCAACUUCUGGGACAGGUUUUGCCCCGAGCCCGCAUCCAUCUUACUGGGGAUCAUACAGUCAAGCGCAUGGCAGAAAUCAUUGAUGAUCUUGCUAAGGAGGAAACUACUAAUGUGUCCCAAGAUGGAUGGGAACAUAUUUCACGAACGACAUUAGAGAGCAUUGUGAAGCAUUUUCAAAGCCUGUUUGACGUCUCAAGUGUGUCUGGAAUUUUGCCACGUAUGAAUGAACUCUAUCAGCAUUUAGGAGAGGCACAGAAUGUACUCAAUACUCUUCGACACCUCCUUGGACUGAUGGAGGUCAGUAAUUCAUCAGUGGUAGAUGCUGUGGGAAGGUUAUGUCAGAUGCAGAACUCAACAACAUCACAGUAUCUGCAGCAACUCUUUGAGACUGAUGACCUUGGCAGGAUAUUGAUGUUGCUGGAUUCAGCGAAGAAGCUGAUGAGUUUUGUGAUUCGGCGACUGGAUGAACAUAAACAGUUUUUCCCAGCUUUCAGAACGAUAAUGAUCAAACUGUUAGAUAUUCUUGGUGUGGAGCGCAUGGAUCAAGUAAUCCCUGCAGUGCGGGCCCUGAAACUUCUAUCAAACUGAUGACUUCAGAGUGUUUUGAUGUUUGAAAUGCAAUAUUUUCAGCUUUUAGCUGAUACAUGGGAAUUAUUCAUUUCAGUCUUAUUUUAUUUUUGACGUAGCAACAUAGAGAUGGAAUGAAGAUGUGUACCAGCUUCUGAUAUAGAGAGUAUAUAUAGAUAUAAUCUCAAUAUAGAGAAAUGUUAAAUGGAAAUGAGUGUUCUUGGUA